AUGAAAAGUUUAAUCAUUUUAGUAUUAUGCUUUUUCAUUGUUUCAAUUCAAGCUAAAUCAUCAUCAGCAAGAUUACAUUUAGAUGAUGAUGUAAACAAAGCAGCUCAAUCUAUUAUAUUUUCCCCAUCAGAUUGUAAAUAUGGAUGUGAUUUCUUUGAUGAUGCCAAUUGGAUUGGUGGUCAAGUGCCAACUGCUGGUCAAAAUAUCAUCAUUGAUUAUUCUGCCACUCAAAUCAUAGGUCAACAAUAUAUCUAUGCCAAAUCACAAAUCUCUGGUCUUACAUUCAACAUUACAUCCAAGAUCAAUGUCAACACUAUUAUUUUCCAAUUGUCUCAGUCGUCCAAGAUUGGUGCUCUCUUUUCCAUUGGAUCCGAUGUUGAACUCUACCCAGACACUGUCCUCGUCGUCAAUGAAUAUGUUUGGUUUGAUGAUGGUCAAUUCAAUAUCGACAGUAACGCUGAAUUGAUUAGUUUUGGUAACACUAUUUUUGGUCCAGAUACCACUAUUUUCCUCAACAGUACUGCUUCCCUUUCAACACACUCUCAAGCUGAAAUCUUUGGUAACGUCUUGGGUCCUCACGGUAUGCUCGAGUUUUUCGGAAACUCUUCACUUGUAGGCUCUGCUUUCCAAGUUGGUGUAGUUGUUUUCAACUCUACAUUCCAAAUCACCAAAUCAUCUGGUCAAGUGUCAGUCUUGCAAUCUACCAAUGGUGUCCUUGCCAUCACUGCCAGUUCCGUCUUUGUCUCGACUGUCAAUGUCCAACAAACCAUCACACUUGCCCAGUUGACUGGUUUUGACAUCUCAAGUGUCCAAUCUACCAACUAUAUCGGAUACCUCACAUCUGAUCAAUCCAGCGCUGUCCAAGUGACCGGCGGUGCCUUGACCACCUUUUACUCUGUUCAAUUAAACGGACAGACCUUUGUCAACAAUGCCACCACCCUUUUCGGCAAUGGAUACAUCUCUAUUCUCAAGGUGUACAAUAGCAAUCCCCAAACCAACCUCAUUCUCACCAAUGUCGCCAUUGACCAAUUCCUAGCACAACCAGGUGUCCAAUCGCCAUUCGUCGUCGAAAUCCAAGGAUCCACCUCUAUUACCACUUUCAAUGCCGAGAAUGUUCAAGUCUUUGUCUCUCCAUCUGGCACACUCAAUUUCACAAACUCUGAAGUCACUCUUGGCACCAAAGCACAAAUCUCUGCCAAUGGAGAAGGUGCCACGAUCGUCUUUAACGAUACCAUGCUCGUUGGUGGCAGCGUCAUCACAUUCUCUUCUGGAGCAUUCGGCGCCAUCUUUGAAUCCGAUGUAAAUGCUCCCAUUUACGUGACUGAUCCAGAGACCACAGUCAGCGUCACUGGUGAUUACACUAUUUUCACCCAAAUCGAGGUUGUCAAUGGAGCCAGCUUGGUCGUUGGUGAUGGUCAACUCGUUGUCACCAAAUUCUUGUAUGUUUGGGAUGCAUCAUCUGUUCUUCUCAACCUCUCCACCCUUGUCACCAACUACGCUGUAACACCGAUCUUUGCUGAAGAUAGUAUCAAAUUCUCCAAGGAUUCCAAACUCAUUGUCCAAAGUCCAGUCAAGGGUAUUGCUGUCGGAACCGUUUACUAUGCCAUCGCAUCACCAUCCAACAUUGCUCUCACUCAAUUCCAAUUCAACCCAUCCAAUCCAAAUCCAAAUCUUCCAGUUACAAUGAAGAGUAUCACCGUUGGUGGUAUUGAUUAUACUACCUUUAGUUUUAAAACUAAAUAA